CCAAACGAGCACCGCUUCCCCAAAUAAUGAUAAUAAAGGAGGAGAGAGAAAGAGAGUGGAGGUCGUUGAUUAUUUUUUUCUAGAGAGAGAAACCAGAGCUUGAGUUGAAGAUGGGGCAGAUCGUGAAGCGGAAGAAGAAAGGGAGGCCAGCCGCGGCAGAUCCCGGCGCUCGUGAGCUGACGAAGCCCGAGCGAGACGUACGGCGGAGCCUCCGCCGCCGGAAUGUGAAGUACGUCUUCGACCUCGACGAUUACUUCGACGAGGACGAGGUCUUCGCGGACGACGACGACGGCGACGACGGCAGUCGGCGGGAGAAGAAGCUCGAGCUACUGCUCAAGCUCCAGACCACCGGCGGCGAGCGCGAGUCAACUAACAUCCCACAGGCCAGCAGGACAAGGCGCGUGGAGCACGCGCCGGCGACAUCGGCGUCCUCCGACGACGACAAACCGCCGAAGAAGCGGAGAAUCGACGACGAGGAUAUGGAUACGGACAUUGAGGAACGUAAUUAUAACGAUGACGACGAAGAAGAUGAGGUACGAGAAACAAAGCCAGAAAGCAGAGGUGAAGACUCACUUCCAGGGACACCGACAGAGGGACCGUUGACUGGGCUGCCGAUGCCCGAUAAGAGGGAUUUGGAGUUGAUUCUGGACAAACUUCAAAAGAAAGAUAUUUAUGGUGUUUAUGCAGAACCAGUUGAUCCGGAAGAGCUCCCAGAUUACCAUGAUGUAAUAAAAAAUCCAAUGGACUUUGCUACGGUGAGGAACAAGCUCGGUAAUGGAUCAUAUGCAACCUUCGAACAAUUCGAGAACGACGUUUUUCUCAUUUGCUCCAACGCAAUGCUAUACAAUGCACCAGAUACCGUAUAUCACAAACAGGCGCGCACCAUCCAAGAGCUGGCUACAAGGAAAUUCCAUAAAAUAAGAUUAAAUGUCGAACGAAUUGAGAAAGAGGUAAAGCCCGAGCAGAAAACGAGAUCCGCCUCUAUCUUGAAGAAGCAAAUUAAAAGAUCGUUGAGCCGUACAUUGCAAGAACCCGUCGGCUCUGAUUUCUCGUCUGGAGCUACUCUUGCAACACCCGGAGAAAUCCAGAAUGUUCCGUACGCACUUCAUCAGUCUGUGUCUGAGAAACCUAGUAGCUGUAAUGAUGGGCUAGUUGAGUCAAAUUCUUUCUUGAACGAUAGUAAUGUAGACAAGGCAGAAGAAUCAACCCCAGGGAAGGGUCCAACGUCUCGUUUUGUCAGGAAAUCAUUUGUGUACGGUGAGAAUCGGCGUGCGACGUAUAGCACAUCACUAUCUCAACCUGUGGACACCACGGAAUCUAUAUUCUCAACAUUCGAUGCGGAAACCAAGGAGCUGGUUCCUGUAGGGCUGUAUUCUGAUCAUUCAUAUGCUAGGAGCAUGUCUCGUUUUGCCGCAAAUAUUGGAUCUGUUGCCUGGAAAGUUGCUUCUAACAGGAUCGAGCAAGCGCUACCUGAAGGUUUUAAAUUCGGACAAGGCUGGGUUGGAGAGUACGAACCACUUCCAACUCCUGUCUUAAUGCUGCAAAACUGUACCGUGAAGGAACCACCAUAUUUAGCGAAAGUACAGCAAAAUCCGAGGAAGUUUGAUAAAAAAGUUCCGACUACCUUAGUUUCUGCUAAUAAGGAAAGCCCAUGUAGUAGUGUACCUUUCUUAGAACAAAAGUUGCCCUUUCUUGGUCCUACUGGUAUUAAACCACCACCACCACCGCCUUCUUCUUCUCCCGGUAUAUUCCAGAAUAUUCCAGAAACGAAGCCAUCUUUCUUUUUAUCUCCCGCGAUUAAACCUAUUACCGGUGCUCAUAAUGUCAGCUACCACCAUCAAAAUCUACAAUCGAGGCCUUUCGUCGAAUCAGAUAAAAAUGUCCGGAAAGUCGAAUCCAACGGUCAACCCUUCCGGAACAAAGUCGAAUCCAACGGUCAACCCUUUUUAAACAAAAAUGCAGCAGCAGCUAAUUCUACUGGCAACAACAGACAUAUUUCCAAGGUUUCAGAAAUGGAAGCUUCUAGACCGAUGGAGGUUUCUUCGAAAACCCAAAACUUCUCACCUUCCGGAUCUUUCAAACAGCCCGAUAGUAACGAAGUCGCUUUUCGAGAAUUAACCGACGAUAAAAAAGUAGUUGGUAAUACAAUAGCCCGUUUGUCCGCUGAUGUGGCGAAACCGGGUCAGGGUCAGGGUCUGAGCGACCCGGUCCAGAUGAUGAGAAUGCUGUCUGAAAAGGGUCGUAACAACAACCAACAGAAACAGCCGAAUCAAAUCGUUCCUCAAGUUUUACCAAACGAUUCGAACAAUGCUGCUAUAACAGCUGCUCGUGCAUGGAUGUCUGUAGGUGCAGGAGGAGGGUUCGUUAAUAGCAGACCCGUUGCAGAGAAUACGAAUCUCUUCAACAAGAACCAGAUAUACGCAGAUUCUCCCUAUAAUAAUAAUAAUAACUCGACUCGCGAUACUCAGACGCAAGUAUCGAGAUUUGGGAUGCAUGUUGUUCACGAGCAAGACAGCAAGAACGGCGGUUCACAGCUUCUUCAUGCAUUUGUGCCUCGAGGCUCGGUAAAUAUGAUGGUGGGGAAUGAAGCGCAGUUCCAAAAUCAGCAACGAAUGGUUUUACCACAGAUGGCGACUGCUGAUUUGUCGAGGUUCCAGCUGCACCAUCAUUCUCAUUGGAGGAAUAUUAGCCCGCAGAUGCAUUCGAGGCAGAAACAAGAAUCGGUACUUCCCCCGGAUUUAAAUAUUGAUUUUCAGUCAUCCGGGUCGCCCGGUAGGCCCAACUCCGGUGUCAUGGUUGAUUCACAGCAGCCCGAUUUGGCUCUUCAACUCUAAGACAAUGCUGUCUGAAAAAUAAAAUAUAUAUACUCUUCUUUAAAGUGCACUACGGAAGAAAAUGGGUGUGUAUUUCCGAUUGGGGCCAAACGAGGAAGAGAGAGCGUUUCUCUUGAUAUAUGUGUUGAUUUAUACGAGUUCUAUUCGGCGAUUCGGUUGAGUUUUUAGAGCAGGCAGAAGAAGAUAAAAAGAAAUGAAGGCAGAGGGAUGAGUUAUGUAAUGAGCUUAAAUCUGACUAAACGAGGAUUAUUAGCUUAGAACAAUUAUUAUUAUUAUUAAUUUUUUUUUUUUUUUUUUAUGUUACAUGAUUUUUCCUCUUUGAACUUUUACUGGAGCUGUCACGUUUCAUGAUGUUCAAGAAAAGGAAAAUGAUUUUGUUUUCUGUAUGUAUAUUCUUAGGUAUGGUUUGAGAAUAUUUAUGGAAUGGCUUAAUUUCA